UGAGUGCAAGUAAACGAGGUGUAAGUCAACAAAAGGAAGGUAUUUCGGGGUAAAUAUACGUAAAUUGUGUAUUCAAAUCAUGGAGAGUAGUCGGGGAGGUGAUUAUGAUACGUAUGGUUGAUAGUCUCUAGAAUGGUCAGACUGAUCUGUACGUGAUCGUCUGAUAUUUUCCGAUCCACUGGAGCGCCAAUAGCGUCUGUCUCGUGACGAAAAGAGUUGCAGUGACCGAUGCUUUGAUAAACCGUGGCCAUUUUGGGAGUAUCAUCCAGGAAAGAAGUUUGAUUAAGCAUUGGGACACGGCCACGCCUACUCAGGUGUGUACCCAGACGACAUUCUUGCACAGCAAGAGGCAGUCUAUUUUAGAACCCGUGUUCUCGAGUGCCCUGAAUUCGACAGGUUUACAAAACACUCUAGCAGACUGUCAUUUCAUUUCAAUGGAGUGAUGGAGGGAGACCAUUGUAUUCCAUGGCUUUUAGUGACUCAUGACAAAGUCAAACAAGUAAGCAUUCACUGAGCGAGGACAUAUAUUGUAGAAGGAGGCAGACGGUAUACAGAACGCUUCUAGAUAGAUCCGACCAGAAUGUCAACGCCAUCUAGCAACUCAACAAAUGGAGCUACCAACGCGAAAACACCUAAUCGCAGAAGACAUGCAGUCAAUGAUGACGAUGAUGAUUUUAUAUUAUCAAACAAAUCAUCGUUUUCACGUCUGAAGGAACAGUUGAAAGAACUGGACAGGAGAUCAUGGCGGCGUUCUUUUGAACCAGGCGAUAAAGAUUUGGACAGUUCUUCAAGUUAUAAUAAGAGAGCACAAGGCUCUUAUAAACCUUACAAAAAUGGCGACAAUUCUUCCGAAAACGAAUCUGGGACUUUUGCAUUUGGAAGCGAGGAAAACGACAAGGAAUUGGAAGACCUUCAUAAGAGGAUUGCUGCCGUCAGGGCCCGUUACCUGGAGCCUAGAGAUGAGCCAAAGUCCAGAGUGCAUGAAAAUAGAGCUGCGUCUAGGAUAAGAGUAAGAGAAAGUAAUUAUCACACACUGCCAAAAGAUGAAUCUCCCUCUCCAACCAGAGCUCCAGUUGUAACGAUUACUGAUCACGACGCUGCAGAGGCCUCUGUCUCUGAAAACCCAAACAGGGGACAUGCAGGAGCUGAACUUAACGUAGCAAAUGACUUGAAUACUUCAUCAAGCGAAACUUUUUUGGCAUAUUUAAAGCCUAGGUCACCUGUCAACUCACAAAAGAGCGUUGAUCACCAUUAUAAAGCCAAAUAUUUAACCCCCCUCCUGUACGAUUUUCACAACCCACCGCGAUCUCUGUCCAACUCGCCUGCUUCGCCACUUUUUUCUAGGAAAUUAGAUGAUGGUGACGCUGAUGACGACUUUCAAGGAAGGAGAGGGUCAAUCACCAAUGGCCUUCCAAGCAGCGACGUUCACGAUGCCGACAGCUUCUUGUUCCCAUCUUCAAGGCGAACGAGCUUCAGUACGACUGACUACAAAUAUUCCACCCCAGAAUAUGCAUCGAGAUAUCUACGCAAGGAGGACAUAAAACCGCGUUCCAGUUACACACCCCGUGCUACGUCUUUGAGGAGUAAUAACCCUUAUAUGUCACCGGUUAAGUCGCGUUAUUCUUUAGAUGGCUACACGACUCCGACAUCGAGUUUGGUCUCGUCGAGAAAAGUAUACUCUUCAGAUCCCGACAGUUACACCUACACCCCAGUGCGCAGAGGCAGUUUGGAGAAAAGAAAUUCGCCUGGUAGUUCUUUCAACAAUGACACUACUCAUAGCCCUUCCAGUUCUAGAAGCAACAGGAGACGCAGUAGCUUAACAUUUGACACAGAUACUUCGUACAAUAGAAAAUCUGUAGAUGAGGCUGUAAGUUCGGAGAAAGAGGGCCGUCUGAAAACACGCCUUCCUUUCACAAGGCAAAAACAUAGAAGAAGCAACGAGUCCGAAGAUAAUUUAUCGACUGGAGAGGAAGAUGGAAGUGAUCACGAGAACAAUAUUUCAGUGGAAGAGCCAGGAAGAUGGGUUGGAAACGGAUACAUAGUUGACACGGCGCUUCUUACUGCAGAUCGCGGAUAUUUACUGUGGACGCAUCCGAAGGGAAAAAUGGACGUCGUGAUCAGAUAUGAAGACACGAAGGAAGAUUUCAGUUGCUUCAUAGACCCGCAGUACCUCGGUGUAGCGGUAUAUCAGAUUAAAAGCAAGACCAACAAACGCCAGAUAGUCGAUGGUAUAGAGAACCCGCUGUACAGUAAAAACCCUUGUCACAAGACAUCGCCCUCCAGAACGCGUCCUGAAAAUAAUUUUGAAUUAAAAUCCAUCGACGGAGAGGUCAAGCUACAUUUAGAGGUGUUGAAGGGAAAACAUGCUCCUAAACCACAGUUGCCUUUCAAAAUCAACUACACCUUAGCUUUGUGAAGCUGUCAAGGUGAAGAAAUAUUAAUAAAAACAUCUUAACCACGCAAAACCGUGCCAUUCACCGCUGUGAAUAGAAAAAGAGAUCGAGGAAUGUAUGCCAGCGCAAUAUUAGAAACUUGAGACCGCAUAGGGAGUAAUAAACCUGGAAAAUCCGUAAUACUUGAUCGACUUUUUGGAACUAUUUUUCUUAAGAAAAGUUUGGAUUAAGAUUAUCAUUCAGAAGUUGGAAGAAUGUCGAUUUUCAAUUGUGGAUGGAAUCGUUUAAACCUUAAUACAUUUCAAACACAACUGUCUGUAAUACAACCCUGACGUUAGAAACCGGACGCCGCCGUCAACUAGGAUAAAGUGUGUUCUUCUCACCACCCUUUCCCUGCAAAACGAACAUAAAACACCCUUUCGGUGGGACAAUACUUAGUUUACGUCAGCAGUGGCUCAUACUCACAGCUGUUUUUUUUUUUCAGGUGAAAUUUUGUGGCUGUAAGAAGUUAUAUAUAUUUUAGUAUUGUCAUUUGCUACAUACGAUCACAAUUCCUGCAAAUA